AUGAUUUGUUUGAGGGCUGACAUAGCUCAUAGUGUGUCCCAAAGAGAGUUCAUUACUUAUGCUGAAUGUUUGAGACAAUCCUACGUUGCUGAAAACAGUUUGAAGAGGGUUCAAGAAGAAAGGGACCAAAAUAGAACUAACUACAAAGAACAAGGGAGAACUACUCAACACUUGAGGCCCCGUAACUCUCCGUCAAAGAAGAAGCAAGGUUAUGGUGAUCAAACAACUCAACCUCCUUUUUGUUAUAAGUGUAAGAAGAGGCACUUUGGGGAUUGCAAAUCCGUUGCAGUUACUUGUUUCGAAUGUGGUGAGCCAAGUCACAUAUCCAGAUUCUGCUCCAAGAAGAAGAUUCCUGAGAAGACUACGGAUCGUGUGUACAUUCUAGAUGCAAGAAAGGCCAAGGGAAAAAACAAUCUCAUUGCGGUUACUUCAUUACCCGAACCUAUGGUCAUUUCUUCGGCAACGGAUGAUACCGUGGAAGCUCGACUGAUUUGUAAAGAUUGUUCGGUGUCUUUUAAUGGUCGUGACUUCCCGAUUGAUCUGAUUUUCUUACCCCUUAAGCGGCUCGAUGUCAUUCUGGGGAUGGAUUGGUUGUCUCUAAACUUGGUGUAUAUUGGUUGCAAGGAGAAGGCCAUAUUCAUUCCUGCAGAAGAGACUUCUUCUGAUGAUGCAAUUACCAAGUUGGUAGAAGGUACGAUCAACCCGGUCAAUUAUCUCUUUUCUCAAGAAAGAUCCUUUCUUUUAGUUCUUUCCAAGGAACCUUCUGUAAGGGUGAAAUUGUCUGAGAUUCCGGUGGUGUGCAAAUUUUCUAAUGUGUUUCCUGAGGAUAUCACUUCUCUUCCUCCGAUAAGGGAAGCGGAAUUUUCAAUUGAUCUUGUUCCUGGAACAACCCUAGUAUCCAUUACUCGUUAUAGGAUGUCUCCUAUUGAACUCAGAGAAUUGAAGAGCCAGUUAGAAGAACUUCCAGCUAAGCAUUUCAUUCAGCCCAGUUUUGUAGUGAUUUUUAUUGAUGACAUCUUGGUGUAUUCUCGUACUUCCGAAGAGCAUGAAGAGCAUUUGCGGAUUGUGUUGUCUACCCUUCGAGAGAAACAAUUAUACGCCAAGUUUAGUAAGUGUGAAUUUUGGCUAUCUGAAGUAAGUUUUCUUGGUCACGUUAUCUCUGGUGGAGGCGUGGCAGUAGAUCCUUCUAAAGUAGAAGCAGUGGUGAAUUGGGAUUGA